UCAUAAACAUUUCCAAGAAAACCAAAAUACGUGAUGUCUCCCUCCAAAUAUAUUUAACAACGCGCAUGUCCUCGAUUACAGUGGAUACAAUUCCUUGAGGUCAUUUUAGUUGUAUACUGACCAGACAAGAUGGUGGAUGGUUAUAAAAUCUUUUUAUUUGUGAUAUUUUCUUGCGUCUGUCUUUCUCAAGCGGACCCCAGAGUCGUUUGUUAUUUAGACGGAAAGGGUUUUACAAGACAAGGUCAAGGUAAAUUCGAUAUCGCUUUUCUUGACCCGGUUUUUCAAUUCUGUACUCACUUAAUAUACGGUUAUGUGGGCGUUGACCCUGUGACCUAUAAAGUUAAAGUCUUAAACGAACAAUUGGAUAUAAAUCAGCAUAAUUUGAAGACUGUAGCUGAGCUAAAAAGGAGAUUCCCCGGUCUGAGAGUUUUCCUUUCAGUCGGAGGCGACAGAGAUAUAACUGGUGAAGGCAAUGAGAAAAAUCUUGUUUAUACCACUUUGUUGGAGACUGUAGAUCGCCGAUUAACUUUCAUUAAUUCCGCUAAAGAUCUGAUUAAAAAUUAUGGAUUCGACGGUAUAGAUUUAGCUUGGGAAUUACCGAGAACUAAACCAAAGAAAAUAUUCAGUAGCAUCAAAAAAUUUUUUAUUGGUAUCAAACACACAUUCGUUGGCCCUUCUGUAGUCGACGAAAAAGCCGAAGAACACAAAGAACAAUUCACAGCUUUUAUUAGAGAAUUCAAAAAUGCCUUAAGACACGACGGUCUAUGGUUGACAUUAUCCGUCCUUCCUAACGUCAAUAGCACAGUAUAUUUCGACGUACGUCAACUAGCACCUCAUUUAGAUUUCGUAACUUUACAAAAUUUCGAUUUUUACACACCCGAACGCAACCCUUACGAAGCAGACUACACUUCGCCUUUAUACAAAAUCUUUGAUAGAAAAGAUGACGAAAACGGCGAUUACCAAGUAACAUAUUGGAUGACAAAUGGUAUGCCAGCUAAUAAAAUCAACUAUGGUAUACGAACUUUCGGUCGCUCUUGGGUAUUAAAUUCUGAUACCACCGGCGUACCACCUGUAAGCAUCGACGAAGGUCCAGGCGAAGCUGGUAUCUACACCCAAGAACCCGGUCUUCUCAGUUAUAACGAAGUUUGUACUAAAAUCGCGAAUGCCGCCGAAAUUCAAGCUGGUUAUCUCGGAAAACUUAGAAAAGUCAAUGAUCCAACCAAAAAGAAAGGUACCUACGCUUAUCGUGAACCCAAAAAUGACGUUAAAGGUAUUUGGGUAUCUUUCGAAGAUCCCGAUACCGUCGGUCAAAUCAGCGCGUAUUCGAGAGCCAAAGGAAUCGGUGGGGUUGCUGUCAUCGAUCUUACCUUAGAUGAUUUCCGUGGUCUAUGUAGCGGUGAUAAAUAUCCGUUAUUAAGAGCAGCUCGAUCUAGACUGUGAUUUAUAUCAGUGAUUUGGGACAGUUGACAUUUCAAAUAUUUUAUUUUUUGUGUUCCAAGUUGAUUAUUAUUUAAUAAAUAAACAAAUAAUGAAUAUAA